CCGGGCGAGAGCGAGGCGCCCUGGCUGGAGGCCCCCGCGGGCUACCUGCGCAGCGCGGCGGGCCGCCUGUGGCGCGGCGACGCCUCCGGCCUGAGGGUGCUGCGCCAGUGCGCGCAGCAGGACGCCGCCCUCGGGGGGACCCUGUCGGAGUGCGACACGCUGUGGUCCCUCUGGCGCCAGAGCGACGUGGGCGGCGCGGUGGCCUGCGGCACGCAGAGCCUCACCGACUGCAUCAGCCACGCGUGCCACAGCGGCAAGCCGUGGCGCGACCAGCUCGAGGCGCGGGCCCAGGGCGCCCUGUCCAGGCUGCAGGGCGACCCGGUGGCCUCGGAGAAGCUCCGGAAGUUGUUGAUCGGGGCCCACCAGCGGGCCGACGCGCGGCUGCAGGGCGCCGACCCGGCCAUGCUGGCGGGCCCCACGCUGCUCGCGCUGCUGUCUGGCCGGCUGCGGCACGCCUGGCGCCUCGCCGCCGACGGCACCACGGCGGGCGAGCUGCUGCUCGGUCUCGGCGGCGCCGCCGCCCAAAGCAGCAAGCUCGGGCUGGCCGAGCGCCUCGAGCGGUGCGUGGCGAACUCGCUGGAGGACACCGGCGCCGACCUGACGCGCGCCGGGCCGGAGUUGCUGGAGCGCUUCCGAGCCGCCGCCGGCCCUGGAGCAGGCCUGCCGUUGCAGGGCAUCGCUGCCGUGCUCGACGACCUCGGAGUGGGCCUGCCACCAGACCUGCAGCUGGUGCUGGACGCCACGCUGCCCCUCUGCCGGAGCCGGGGCGACAGCGCCUCCUGGUGGAGGGCGCUGGGCGAGAGCCUCUUCGACCCCGAGCAGGCGCGUCGGGUCCGGGAGGCCCUCGGCGCGGGGGAGCGGCUGGUGCAGCGGGCGGCAGCGUGGCGGGAAGGGCGGCUCGGGCGCGCAGCGGCCGCGCGCGCGGAGCGGGUCGACCUGGAGGGCUUGCUGCUGGGGUCCCUGGGGCGCCUGGACCCCGAGAAGCUGCUGCAGCAGUGCGACGCGGCCGCGGAGGACCCGCGCGCGCGGGAGGCGCUACUGCAGCAGGCGCUCGACCUGUGCCUGGAGCUCCUGCUCGAGGCCCUGCCCUCCCUGAGCAUCCCGGAAGUGAGGUUCGAGCACAGGGGCUCGUCUUAUCGGGGGGAGGGCUCGGCUGUCGCCCCCCAGCAGGGAGAACGUGAAGGUCCACCUCGGUGGGGCCGCCCGUGGUGGCCGCCCCGGCGAGGUGGGCGGCGAAGAGGCCGCCCGCUGCAGCAGGGAGGCGCUCCGGCUGGAGGCGCGCGGGGUGUCGGCCGAGUUCCCGAGUGUCCAGUGCUUCGUGAAGGUGCCCGCGGUGCCGGAGGCGGCGGCGGUGGCGAGCGCCACCGCCCGGGGCAUCACCCUCGACGUGGUGCUGGAGGCGCCGCCCGGGCCGGAGAG